CGGUCAGUGUGUGUCACGAAUAAUAUGGACCUCGGACGUAAACGUGAUCGGACGAGCCUCGAUGAGCUGUAACUCGACAUCACUUGAGCUUGAUGUGUGGUGAGAAGCGUAUGGGAUUCUGCUCCGGCAGCCGCUCAUUAGCCGACUGGCGCCCCCUCCCAUACCACUAUGCUGUUUUCCGCUCUUUCUUCGCAAAUUUUCCUGGGUCCAGAAUCAUUCCUUUCUCACACUUAUCACCCCUACUUACGACCCCCUUCGAAUGUGGAAAAGCUGGUUCUACAAACCCAUGACAGAGAUCCAUUCUGUUCAGUUUUCUAUAUACACACAUCGCUGUCACUGCAGGCUCGCUUUCAUUCACUCCUCCAAAGGAUAAACGGGACAGCGUCAGUGGUUUCUGGGCGCCAUGGGGCUCGUCCAAUCCUGCUCUGGCUAUCAGAAGCCGCUCCACGUGGUGUUGCUGGGUCUGGACCAUGCCGGAAAAUCCACAAUCUUCUACAGGCUGCGCUGGAACGACGACCUCAAGACCCAACCUACCGUCGGCUUCAAUGUGGGCAUGCAGCAGGUGGCAAAGAACGUCAUCUUGACCCUCUGGGAUGUGGGCGGCCAGGACAGGAUGCGCCUUUACUGGAAGCACUACCUAGAAGACUGCCGCGCAUUGGUGUUUGUGGUGGACAGCAGCGAUCGCGGACGCAUUCGUGAGGCAGCGAGGGCCCUCAGGCACGUCCUUGCCAAGGACAGUGUGAAAAACAUCCCCUUGAUAGUGCUGGCCAACAAGUGUGACCUCCCCAACAUCAUGAACCUCAGCGAGGUGGCCGACACCCUGGGCCUGAACAACUGCACAGAUCGUGACUGGGUGAUACAGUCGUGCAGCGGCCUGAAUGGCAAGGGGCUCCAGCAAGCCUUUCAAUCCAUCGCCGAGCUGAUCAAGGACAAAAAAACAUCGAAUUGGUGCCUCUAGCAUGGGGCCUAUCGGUUUUCACCCGUCGUCAUCAGUCUGGAUGCUGAUGCUUUAGGACUACUACACUGCCACUGCAUCCACUGCGCUUCCGCCCACUGUCAGGAUACACACCACAGUGAGAGAGAAUGGGUGAGACAUGUUUCACGCAUAUUUUUGCACCCUAGUAUAUAUGACAUUUUAACUAUAUAUUUAAGUAUAUAUGACGGAAAAGACUUGGCAACAUGUGAGUGACAGGCGGCUGGGAAAGUCGGAGGUAGAGUCACGAGAUAAGAGAUAUUAACGUUGCUAUUUGUUACAACACUAUUCUCUUAUGGUCCUGUUUUUUGAGAGAAGGAGAAACUACUAAUAAUAAUACAUUUUAUUUGUAAUGCACAUUUCUCAAAGCCAAUACUCUAUGUAGUAAAAUAACAGUUGAAACAAAAUGAGACAGUAAAAAUAAAAAAAGCCAUGAACUACCAUUAAAA